GAUCUGCCAGGGCUGCAGUGUGUACAGUAUAUCCAGGGACUGCAGAGGGAAGCACAGCAAGCUCUAAAUGAACACGUCACACUGAUUCAUCGAGGGGACCAGGCCAGAUUUGCCAAGCUGAAUGUUGUUCUUUCCUUGCUGAGAUCCAUUAAUGCUAACGUAAUUGCUGAACUAUUCUUUAGGCCCAUCAUUGGAACAGUGAACAUGGAUGACAUGCUGCUGGAGAUGCUUUGUGCAAAGUUAUAAAGCAGUUUGCUCUUACAAAUAAACUAUGGACACACAACACCAACUGAGCAAUAUCUAUUUUGCACCCAAAGAAGAGGCCAUGCAAAUAAAGUGUGUAUUUUAUGAAAUGAGUGUGUGUAGCGCAUUGAAUCUGUUAUA